UCUAUUCCUGCACUAGACUGCACUGGAACAUUCCUUCUUGCUUUCACCUUGAAACAUCUAUCUAUUUCAUUUUCUGUACAUUUAUUUAGAGAGUUCGGGAACAGAAAACAAACGGAAUGUAACUACGAAAAGCAAAACAGCAUUUUUGAAGUUCGCGCGUAUUAUGUCACAAACGUCACGAUUCGAGCACUCGCAAGAAACGACAUUCUCUGAUUCUCAUCAUUCUCAUCCUGUCUCAUCCGCGAGCAAGAUGUCGGCCACCGAGUUGAAUCCGAGACCUUUGCGGGUUUCUCCUUUUAUUAAAUUUUGCCGCUGGAGUCUGCUCCUUACUGGAAUCGCCUACGGUGCAUAUCAUCACAGAAGAUUGAAAAGGAAAGAGGAUGCUCGCAGAGCAGAGGAACUGAGACUUAAACCUGUACGUGACGCCAAGCUAGCUGAGGAAAAAAGACUUUCUUUAUUAGCGGAACAAAAAAUGUUCGACGAGCUUUUCAAUCUAUCCAAAGAAAAAUAAGCAUAAUUUGUUUGGCGUUAGUAUAAUAUAUAUAUAUAUAUGCCACGAAAUUUGUUCGCCGAUUGAUUUAUAUGUAUCUAUAGACCUAGUCUACGUGCUGUUUCAACAUCAUUGUCACAGAUAAUACUACAUAUUGUACAAAAAUAAUAAAUAUCUGAAAAAAUAUAAUAAA